CGGAGCCGGAGCCGGAGCCGGAGCCCGAGCCCGAGCCCGAGCCCGAGCCGGAGCCGGAGCCGGAGCCAAAGCCAAAGCCAAAGCUGGAGCCGGAACUGGUGGUUAGGUUAAGGAAGAGCGCAGCGGAGAGCCUCGCCUAGAAGGGACCUCGGGUCGGGUCGGGGUCGGAAUCGGGGUCGCCAGAGGGCGCGGAACCCGGCACCACUUGCGCAGCUGGCUGGCUGGCGGGCGGGCGCUGGCGGGCGGGCUUCCCAGUAAGAUGUGCAGAGCGCAGCGGGGCGCUCCUGACUCGCAGCCCCGCUCCGGACCCGGGCUCGGUGGCCAGGAGGUGGCGGCUACGGCCGCCGUGGUGGAGACGGUGAAGGCGGCGGCGGCGGAGGCUCCCGGGCUGCGCGCCGGCUGGUAGAGCGGCCGCCCCAGGGAGCGGAGCAGCCCGCCACGGCCGCGCCCCGGGGAGGCUCGGCGCCCAACGAUGACCCGUCCCUGGCGGCGUCUCCAGAGUCUGGUUUGGGAAUACUGGGCCGGGCUCCUGGUUUGCGUGCUCUGGAUUCAGGACUCUCGGGGAAUGCCCCAUGUCAUCCGGAUAGGGGGAAUCUUUGAGUAUGCAGAUGGACCCAAUGCCCAGGUCAUGAAUGCAGAGGAACAAGCCUUCCGAUUUUCUGCCAACAUCAUCAACAGGAACAGGACUUUGCUGCCCAAUACCACCUUGACCUAUGAUAUUCAGAGAAUACACUUCCAUGACAGCUUUGAAGCCACUAAGAAAGCUUGUGACCAGCUGGCCCUGGGGGUCGUAGCCAUUUUUGGACCUUCCCAAGGCUCUUGCACCAAUGCAGUCCAGUCCAUCUGCAAUGCUCUGGAAGUACCCCACAUCCAGCUACGCUGGAAACACCAUCCCUUGGAUAACAAAGACACCUUCUAUGUGAAUCUCUACCCUGACUACGCAUCCCUCAGCCACGCCAUCCUUGAUCUCGUCCAGUAUCUGAAAUGGCGGUCAGCGACUGUGGUGUAUGAUGACAGCACAGGCCUCAUCAGACUGCAGGAGCUCAUCAUGGCCCCAUCGCGCUACAAUAUCCGCCUGAAGAUCCGCCAGCUCCCCAUCGACUCGGAUGACUCCCGGCCCCUGCUCAAGGAAAUGAAGAGAGGCCGAGAAUUCCGCAUCAUCUUUGACUGUAGUCACACUAUGGCUGCUCAGAUCCUCAAGCAGGCCAUGGCGAUGGGGAUGAUGACCGAGUAUUACCACUUUAUCUUCACAACUCUGGACCUUUAUGCAUUAGACUUAGAACCCUACCGCUACUCUGGAGUCAAUCUAACAGGGUUCCGGAUCCUCAAUGUGGAGAACCCCCAUGUCUCAGCCAUUGUAGAGAAGUGGUCCAUGGAGAGGUUGCAGGCGGCACCUCGGGCUGAGUCUGGCCUGCUGGACGGAGUGAUGAUGACAGAUGCAGCUUUGCUCUAUGAUGCCGUUCAUAUCGUCUCUGUGUGCUACCAGCGGGCCCCACAGAUGACCGUCAAUUCCCUGCAGUGUCACCGUCACAAAGCCUGGCGCUUUGGAGGUCGCUUCAUGAAUUUCAUCAAAGAAGCUCAAUGGGAAGGAUUAACUGGACGGAUUGUUUUCAACAAAACCAGUGGCUUAAGGACUGAUUUUGACUUGGAUAUCAUCAGCCUGAAGGAAGAUGGCUUGGAGAAGGUGGGUGUGUGGUGUCCUGCUGAUGGCCUCAAUAUCACAGAGAUUGCCAAGGGCCGGGGUCCCAACGUCACUGACUCCUUGACCAACAGAUCCCUUAUUGUCACCACUGUGCUGGAGGAGCCCUUCGUCAUGUUUCGGAAGUCAGACAUGACCCUCUUUGGGAAUGACCGGUUUGAGGGCUACUGCAUUGAUCUGCUGAAGGAACUGGCCCACAUAUUGGGCUUCACUUAUGAGAUCCGGCUGGUGGAAGAUGGGAAGUAUGGGGCACAGGACGAGAAAGGCCAGUGGAAUGGCAUGAUUAAGGAGCUGAUUGACCAUAAAGCAGACCUGGCUGUAGCCCCUCUGACCAUCACUCACAUCCGGGAAAAAGCCAUCGACUUCUCCAAGCCCUUCAUGACUCUUGGCGUCAGUAUCCUGUACCGAAAACCCAAUGGCACCAACCCUGGCGUAUUUUCCUUCCUCAAUCCCUUGUCUCCUGACAUCUGGAUGUAUGUUCUUCUUGCCUAUCUGGGUGUCAGCUGUGUUCUCUUCGUCAUUGCCAGGUUCAGCCCCUAUGAAUGGUAUGACGCACAUCCCUGUAACCCUGGCUCAGACAUUGUGGAGAACAACUUCACUUUACUCAACAGCUUUUGGUUUGGGAUGGGCUCCCUGAUGCAACAAGGCUCUGAACUGAUGCCCAAAGCCCUGUCCACAAGGAUUAUUGGAGGCAUCUGGUGGUUCUUCACUCUGAUCAUUAUCUCUUCAUACACGGCCAAUCUGGCAGCCUUCCUGACAGUGGAGCGGAUGGAAUCUCCCAUUGACUCCGCGGACGACCUGGCCAAGCAGACCAAGAUUGAAUAUGGGGCAGUCAAGGAUGGGGCCACCAUGACCUUCUUCAAGAAAUCCAAGAUUUCCACAUUUGAGAAGAUGUGGGCCUUCAUGAGCAGCAAACCCUCAGCCCUGGUGAAGAACAAUGAGGAGGGUAUCCAGAGAGCCCUGACAGCCGACUACGCCCUGCUCAUGGAAUCCACAGCCAUUGAGUACAUCACUCAGAGGAAUUGCAACCUCACCCAAAUUGGAGGUCUCAUCGACUCCAAAGGCUAUGGGAUCGGCACGCCUAUGGGUUCCCCCUAUAGAGACAAGAUCACCAUUGCCAUCCUCCAGCUCCAAGAAGAGGACAAGCUUCAUAUCAUGAAGGAGAAGUGGUGGCGAGGGAAUGGCUGCCCGGAGGAGGAGAACAAGGAAGCUAGUGCUCUGGGCAUCCAGAAGAUCGGGGGAAUCUUCAUUGUGCUCGCUGCAGGGCUGGUCCUCUCUGUGCUGGUGGCUGUGGGAGAGUUCAUCUAUAAACUCCGAAAAACAGCAGAGCGGGAACAGGGAAUAACACCAGGCCUCCUCCUCCCUCUUCCUUCCAGCGUUCAUUCUGCAGCACUGUGGCUGACGAAAUCCGAUUCUCCCUCACCUGCCAGCGACGGGUCAAACACAAGCCUCAGCCACCAGUCAUGGUCAAAGCCGACGCUGUCAUCAACAUGCACACAUUCAAUGACCGUAGACUCCCGGGCAAGGACAGCAUGACCUGCAACACUGCACUGGCGCCCGUGUUCCCCUAGGGCUGGAGCAAGGGCCAAGGGCUGGCGAGAGGCAGUGCCUCCAGGGCAAAGGUUGGGGAUACAAGGAAAGCUCCUCCUUCCAAGUUGGUGGGCAGUGAAGAAAUCUGGCCCCACCCCCCCUUGCCCACCUACAAGGAACCUACCAGACAUACCCCAGCCUGUGGUUUCGGGGAUGGGGUGGGUAGUAGGUGGGGGCUUCUUGUUUGUCUCUUCCUCUAAAGCAGAAGAGACAAAAUUGAAGAAUGCACACACACACACACACACACAC